UGCGCACUGCAGUCUUAAGCCGGCUGACAAUUCUUCGCCUCUCAUGCCCGGCUGCGGCGUGGUGCAAGUGGCUUUCCAAGCGGCAGAAAAGUCUUGUGCAUCUCAUCAUUGCUCACCGCCGCCACGGCCGUUGUCUUCUCUCUUUUCCGCUCCGUUCCCUUCCGCUUUCAACUCGAGACGACACACGGCAGCGGGCUCUCACAGAUUUCUUGCGUUUCGCGGGGCGUGAGAACUCGCCGACGGUUUGCGGCAACGCGAAGACUCUGCUUUGUCUUCCUAUAAAGAGCAAGGAGACAGGGCGCGAGCGACAAGAGCGGAGGAGGAGCAGGACGCAGCAGCCACGAGGUCAGGCUGUCGGUGAUCCGGUGGAACGAAACAAUGGAUCAGCAACCGCGUUUCUGCUCUGCGCUUUUGCCGCCCUCCUUUCGAUAUCUUCCGAGGCCGCGUUUUAGUGCGUAAGACAGGGGCGAGGAGAAGGACGGAUAGACGGUUGAAAAAAAACGUAGCUGCUCUUUUUCUGAUGCGAGGCGUCGAACAAGACUGGAGAACCGACACACGCCGGCGUAACUGCUGGCGACGCACAUCCUGAAAAUGGCGAAAACCAGACGAUGUGGCGGCAAGACACCUGAGCACGAGGUGUCUAUACACCCGAAACGUCAGACUGAGUCGCUCAACCGAACCAAGAGGACUCGUGACAGUGAAAAGGCCUCACACAGACACAAAAGUGCCUCCUAUUGUUCUUCCACUUCGUUUCCUACGUCGCCUUCCUGUUCUUCGUGUACUUCAUCUUCCUCUUCUUCCUCUUCGUCGUCUAACUCAUCUUCCUCAUCUUCGUGUAGCUCGUCUUCCUCUUCGUCGUCUUACUCAUUUUCCUCUUCUUCGUCUAGCUUAUCUUUCUCUUCGUCUUCUUCUCUUUCGUCUUUGUCUUCUUCCUGUGACUCUCCUGUGACUGCGUCUCUAUCGCCGCUCGAACCGCGUCGUUCACCUCGCCUAGCGAGAAGCAGGCCUUCUCCCUCCUCUCCCCUCUGUUCUGCUUCUCCUCUGUCAGCUGCUUGCUCUGCCUCGUGUCUUUCUCCGCGCUCUUCUGUCGCUUCUUCCCCACACUCUUCUGUUUCUGCCUCGCCAGCGAAGGCCUCUGGCGCUUCUUCGGCACCGCGGGCGGCUCCUGCGUCCGCCCGGCGAAGCAGGCGAGAGAGGAAAUCGGAAAUGGCGGAGAGACAAGAGGAAGAAGUGAAGGAAAAAGACACGAAAGAACCGAAGAAGAACUCACACAAAGACAAAGAGGGGCGCGGAGAGGACAAGAACAAAGGUACGAGGAAGGCAGACAAGAACAAAGGAGAGGAAAGAGAAGACAAGAACGCCGGAGUGGAGAGGGAACAUGAAAGGAGGCGACUAGAGGAGGAAGAGGAAGGAGGGACCUUGGAGCAGGCAAGCAAGCGGCUGCGACUCCGCUGUUCUCUUUCUUCUUCGGAAGACAGUGCAUGCGUGUCACGUAGGACCGCCACAGAUUUGCCGCAGUCCUUUCCUGGGUCUGCAGUGAUGGCGAAGAGAGAAGAGACGAAAGAGACACCACGAUGUCACCAGGCCGCAGAGGGCUGCGCAGCCACAGCGCCCCCAGCGGGAGACCGAGAACGUCGACGUCGAAUGAAGAAAGUGGAGGAUGGAGGCGAAGAAGGCGCUCGAGGCAGAGAGAAACAGACAGAAAAGGAAGAGGCAGUUGGCGAGCGAAACUCUCAUGCACACAAAGAUAGAGAGAAAAACAUGAGAGAGGAACCAACAGAAAACGACGCAAAACCCAUUGCAGAACGGGCACCGGAGAAACACAGAAAGGAUGCGGCAAGCAAGUCAAUAGCCGCUGAGAAAGCCAUUCAUUCUCGCGGACAUGCGUCCCUGUUGAAGACAGAGAGACACACAAUUGUCGCAAGUAGCGUUCGUCUCUCUCCUCCACCGUCGCAUUCUUCCUCUCCUCGAUCAGUGUCUUCUCCUUCAUCGUCAUCUUCGACUUCCUCUUCGUCUCCUUCACCACAGCGUUAUGCUUCUCCCUCUCCUUCUUCACCGCGUUCUGCUUCUCCCUCUCCUUCUUUGCGAUCUGCUCCCUGUGCCUCUUCUUCGUCGGCGUCUUCCUCUCUUGCGUCUUCUUCUCCUUCCUCGUCGUCUGCUGUUUCGCUUCGGCCGAAUGAAACUCCGCCUGUGCGAGAGGGUCGAGGACAAGACAGGGCUGUUUCUUCUUCUCCAGCCUCGACUGUUGUCUCCACUCGUGAACGAUAUCCCGGCGCUUUGCUGCAGAAUCUCCGGGCUCUUCAAAAGAGUCUGCUGGCGACAAAGAAUCAGCUUCUUCAGAAGCUGCAAGCGAAAACCAAUUCGACUCUCGCUCUCCCGUCUCCUCCCUCGUCUUGUGCCUCUGCGCUUUUGCCGCCUUUCAACGCACAUUCCUCCACAGGGCUGAGCCAUUCUUUGAGUCCACUCUCUCAGUUUAGUGCCAUUAACAGGUCUCGCCUCGCCGCGCGUCGCGUUCGGCUGUCUCCGCCGUCCUCCGUGUCUCCAGUGAAAAGACAGGGUCUAGUCGGAAGUGGAGAAACCGAGGACGCCGCCUCGGUGCGCGGCGCUGCGGGCACCCGGAGUCAGCGACCGGCUUCGACCGCGUUGGGCUACAAAAGGGAGAGCCCCACCGCAGCCGUGUCUCCGGCGUCCGGAGACGCCACCAGCGCGGAGCAGUCUCGGGCCAGCCGCGCGGAGAUACCAAGAGACAGACGAAGUGCAUCGAGAUUGAAGAGAGCGGCCCGUUCAGGCCGUUCAGAGAAGAGAGACAACCACCAUCUGGAGAGUUUGUGUCAGAAGCCAGGUGCUGCUGUGAUUGAUGUCGAAGAACUGGAGAGUGAAGCAGAGCUUCAAAAACAUGAGAAAAGACCGAGCGCGACGCAUGCGCAUGUCGAUUUCCCAGGGUCCUCCUCGAGUUCCUGUUCCCCCCGGCUAUUCACAACCCCAGCGACGACACCUCUAGCCCCAGGCGGCUUGUUGUCCUCGUCUUCAUCGUCGUCGUCUUCAUCUUCGUUGUCGUCUCUGGAAUCCUCUGCACCCGAACGGAGACUGAAGUCGUUGCCGUCUCCACAUUCUUCGAGCGUUCGCCUCGCUUGUUCUCCUUCGCAUUCGUCCUCGGUGUCUGCUUCCCGCGCCGCGUCCUCUCAGCCUCCUUCCUCUGCAUCUCUUCAUGUGGAUGCCUCGCUUCUCCACCCCGCUGGCGCUCUUGGCCCUGUGUCUGUCUCCUCGCCCUCCUUGUCCCCUGCGAAGGUCCUCGCUGGCUCUUCGCCCGCGUCGUCGCCGUAUCUCUGCAUGCAGCAGGAACCUCGCAUCCGCUUCAGUCUGAAGAAGCCUGCAGGCAGCCCCCUCAGUGUGUCGGCGGAGCACCACCGACGUCGGGAAGCUCUCGAGCGCGAAGCCGAGGAAGGCGAAAUCAUUGAGUUGUCUCCGCCGAGUCGAAAGAUCUCUGCGGUCUCCUGCACGCCUCUGGGGGCGCGGACCUUGCCCCGAGGGGAGGGUCACGGAGUCCCAGCGAAGUCGAAGCGAGAGAAGAGGGGAGACGCGGCGUCGUCGCAACAGCACGGAGAACGAGACAGAGAGCGAAACGGCCAGUGCAAGCCAGUUCGGGGCAUCCAGCGAGCGCUGGGGGAGACGCAGCUGUUCCAUCGUCCAGAAGAAGGAACGCGGUCUGGAGAGCACCCCAGGUCUGAGGGUGAGUGGAGACACAGGGAGCAGAGCCCUCGACAUGUUCUUGUGAAUCGUGAAGACUUGACUAGAGUUGAGCGAGAACGCACCACGCAAGUCGCUGCACAGAACUCCUCACGCGGUUUGUCUGCAAGGUUGCACGGCGAGAUUCAGUCUGCUUUCUCGCCUGGGUCGGGUGCUUCUCCUUCUCACUUGAGAAGGGCGCUGCCGGCCUCUGCAGACGAGGCUUCUGAGGCCGGCAUUUCUCCGUUCUCCCCGCCCCCGCAGCGAACCGCGCAAAGCGACAGCUCUCCUUUCCAGGACGUCUCCGUCUCUUUGUCUCCUUCGCGGCUUUCCUCUACCUUCGCGUCUGCCUCGCCGCUGAUUCCUCAGUCUCUCUCGACUGCGUCUGUGCCUGGCUACACAAGGGCGUUCAAACCUCACAGGAGCCCGUCGAGGAGAGAAGAAAGGGGCGAAGGCGCGGCGGCGCGCAGACAGCCGAGUCAAGAAGCAGAAGGGAACAACCUCGAGAGCGGAGAGAACGGAGAGAGAGGAGACAGGUCUUCUUUCGUGGAGACGGCACCAUUUCCCGGAGACGGCAGAGCACACCACUCGGGAGCUUUGGAGGCAGAGAGGUUCAGAAAGGAGGUCGGACGCAUGCCCUGUAGCGACGGGGAUGUGCGGAAGAACGCAGAAAGUGGAGAGGUGUCUUCGCUGUGCGCAUUUUCUGGGGAAGCCGAGUCUACGUUGACGAUGAUUCUGACUUCUCUCUACGCCGCUUUCGUGUCUGCGGCGACCAGAGCGAGAAUCGAUCUCUCUGUCCUCUUCACUGCUUUCGAUGAAGCCUUCAUGCGGCCUCGACGCCGAGAGAGAAGGCGAGAAAAGGUUCGCGCGUCGUCGACUUUGUCUCCUCGCUCCUCUUCUUCGAGUGUGUCUCCAGAGAGGCGUUCGAGAAGCAAGCGAAAAAGCAGGGAAUAUAGGAGCAGCUUCUUACGCGACAGGACAACGUUUAAGACGAAGCGGAGCUCUCAAGAAAAAGGCAAUUCAGCAAGGCGCUCUUCAGGGAGAGAAAGGGGAACAAGGGUGCCACGGCGCGGAGAAAGUGGAGACCAAGGGAGGCGAGAAAGACAAGCGGGAAAAGAGAGAGGGCAAGGCUUGAAUGACUCGUCAACUUCGGAGGAGCAGGACGAAGGGGAAAACGUAUCGUAUUCCUGUCACAUCGCAAGCGUGGGCUGCGGAACAAAGGCGCGGGAGAGGGGAGAGAACGCGAAGAGAGGGAGAGGGGAACGAAGGACAGUCGAGAGAAACGGAGACGUGAACAGCGAGGAGAAAGAAAGGAGGGAGAAGUUAGAUUCGUUGCCGCGAAACGCAGGAGACGUCGAGGGAAGCAGCAGCGAACAUCAGGAGACAGACAAUGAACUCCGCAUCAGCAACCGAGAGAGGGGGCGCAAACGAGGGAGAGAAGGAAGCCCACCCAGAAGAGGAGACCGAGGAGAGGAGACACGAAAAGAAACCACAGACAGGAAAACGAGCCUGGAGGAGCAGGAGAACGAGAGAGCACAGGAGAGGGUAGGAGACACCGAAGAGAAGAUUGACGCGAAGAACGAGUGUGAGGCAGAUGGCUUCCAAGUUCGAAAGGAUUGGGAAGAAACGCUGAACAGCGGAGAUUUCUACUCGCACCUUGGAGGAGAGGGGUACCUUCUCGGCUUCCAAAUGGAAGCCAGUGCCCGGAAGAACGGCAUGAGUUUUAUAGAAAAGCUGCGAGCUUUGAAACGCUUCAAAGGCAAACCACUGCUUGGCAAAUAAACGAAACCGGAGAGGUCACUGCAUGGGUGUCCAUGGAGACAAGUGUAGAGUUCAAAUGCUCAUUUGGUGAACAGUCGCUAGCUGGCGGUUUACCAUCUGUCCCUGAGCAGCUGUGGCCUUCACGCGCCGACUUUUUUGUCCGUCUUUCGUAUCCAUGUCGUUGCACUGGUUUCCAGCGUGGACGAAAAGGGGAAGGGGCUUCUCGGUUUUCCUGUCUACCUUGUCGCUCUAAACAAACGCCCAUGAUAAUAUCGGAAUGUAUAUCUCCAGGCAUCUAUAAUUACUGUAGGUAAAUACUGUAUCUACAUAAUGUAUAUAAAAAAGAGUAACGGGGUCGGUACGGGAUGUCGGAUUUUCCGCGUUGUGUCUGUAUCUUGGUGCCGCAUUCCUCUCUGGAAAAACUGUGACGGGAACUGAAGCUUUCUUCGAGGCAGAGAGCCUUAUCUUCACAGUGGAAGUCUUUUGCAACCCUCUCUGUAGCAGCUCAGAAAAUUCAGACGUUCGGCAAGCGUCAUUGGACACAAGGUAAAGCGGACAAUACGACGCAUGGAGACUCUUUGCGUAGAACUCCAGAGGCACUGAACGUUGAUGUCGAGCUGUCUUCGAUGGUCAAUCUAUGAUUUUAGCCAUGGGUUGUAUUUCGAUUCUAGGUUCUCUAGUGUGGGUGCAUCACAUGAUGUCUGCCGGGGGGGUUUUUAUUGGUGUGAUCGAAAUCUCCAUUCAUCGCAUAAUUUCGGUUUCUUUGGUGCCAUGACCUUUGUAGGAGAGCGUCUGUUGUACAUCAACACUAGCUACUGCUAAUUCCACUGUAGCGGUAUAGUAUAUAAUCCCUUCUCAAUAGUAUAACGGGACAUUAGACCGAGCCUGCGAUAGAUAAAUACAUCUUGGAUGAAAAUGGUACUGGAUGCAAACGCCGCGGCGCAAGAAACAAUCAUUGGUGACAAAAAGUCAGGAAACAGGGGACACAAGAGACUUCCUCGAGAUUGGUCUUCUCGGUCUUCCUGUCUCUCUCCUCCUGCGUGUCCUGUCGCUAUCUUUCCCUGUCGAUCCCGCACUUCUUACGGAUUAGCGUCUUCCCUUUUACACCACGUUUCUCUCUCAUUUUAGAUGUUCACCUGGAGAUGCAUUCCCACUUAGUUGAGAGGCGCCCUACGCACAGUAGCCUUUGUCUCCCUCGAUCUCUCGAGCUUAAACCUCUCGAUCUGGACAUGCGCAAGCCGUCCUCUGCAUCUAUGAAUUUCAGCCGCGACGGCGAAGUCGACAGGAAACAGGCUGUUUUCUAUCGUCGGAAAUGCUGUCAAUCCUCUUCCAUCCGUGUGGGAUUCGUCCACGCGGAGAAGCAAGCCCCUCGAUUUCAAGGACCUCUUGCCACGCCAAGAGUUUGUCCCCCGUUCCUCGUGGUUGAAGUGCGUGAAACGCGGAAAAAAAUCUUCGCCAUCAGUGAUUUGGUCGCGCGCUACACACGGUUUCCCUCUUGUUCCGGGACGCACACGUUGUCGCGUCUUGCCUUUUCUUCAGAACUAUCCUUUCUCUCGAUACAGAAGGAAACACACACCCUUCAGAUUUUUCCUCGUUUUGGAACACUCGAGAGAGUGACGCAGACGUUCGUGUUUCUUUUCAGCUGCAAGAAUAUCCAGUCCUCCUGCCGUCGGUGGGUGAAGCGGAAGUGUUCCGGAGCCACGUGCAGCCAGCAUAACUUUAGGGAGUGUGCGUCUCUAGGAAUGGGG